AUGACUCCUCAAACUGAUGAAGACAAUUCUACAUCUUGUGCACCCAAUCGAGUGUCUCAAGCCCAUACUGAUGCCAAACUUGAUGAGCUGACAAAGGAUAGGACGAAGACGAAGAGGAAGAAUAAUGAUGUUGCACUUGAUACUAAGAAGAGGACGAAGAGGAAGAAUAAUGAUGUUGCACUUGAUAAUGAGAAGAGGACGAAGAGGAAGAAUGAUGAGGUGAUGAACAAGAGGAAGAAUGAUGAGGAGAUGAAGAAGAGGAAGCAAGAUGAUAUUGAUGAGAUUAAGAGAAAGAAGAAUGAGAGGAAGGAGAGGCUGCCGAACUUGGCAAAGAAGAGGAAGGCUGAUGAGUUGGCCAAUAAAAGGAAGGCGAAUGAGUUGGCCAAGAAGAGGGAGGACGAGGAUUCGCUCCCUAAGCCUCAAUCCUCUCGCAAAUUGAAGGAGGUGGAGGGGGAGAAGAAUAGGGAGAAGGAGGUGGAGGUGGAGGUAGAGAAAAAUAAGGAGGUGGAGGUGGAGAAGGAGGUGGAUGUGGAGGCUGAGAAGAAUAAGGAGGUGGAGGUGGAUGUGGAGGCUGGGAAGAAUAAGGAGGUGGAGAAUAAGGAAGUGGAGGUGGAGGAGAAUGAGAAGGAGGUGGAGGCUGAGAAGAAUAAGGAGGUGGAGGUGGAGAAGGAGGAGAAAGAGGUGGAGGUUGAGAAGAAUAAGGAGGUGGUGGAGGAGAACAAUAAGGAGGUGGUGGAGAAGGCGGAUAAGAAGAAGGAGGUGGAAGGAGGAGAAGAAGAAGGUGGUGGUGGAUGA